UCUACCUCCUUUCUUCCGCCGUUCAGUUGACAACUGACGAAUCUGAAAUUCCCCCAAUUCUGAGAGGAGAGGAGAUCCUGCCUGCGCCGCUAUGGAGGCGGAGCCAUCAGCUGCGAUACGCUGGUGCGCCCCAACUUUUGUACUCGUGCUCUUCCUCCUCAUUAACCCGGCCUUCUCGAUCUACUGCGACGAGGAUGACUGCUACGAUCUAUUGGGGGUUUCUCAAAGUGCCAAUGCCUCCGAGAUAAAAAAAGCAUACUACAAGCUGUCCCUUAAAUAUCACCCAGAUAAAAAUCCCGAUCCAGAAUCAAGAAAGCUGUUUGUGAAGAUAGCAAAUGCCUACGAGAUUUUGAAAGAUGAUGCCACUAGAGAGCAGUAUGAUUAUGCAAUUGCACAUCCUGAAGAGGUAUUCUACAACACAGCAAGAUACUACCAUGCAUACUAUGGUCAUAAAACAGACACUCGUGCUGUCUUUGUCGGUCUUCUUCUGGUGCUCUCAGGAUUUCAGUAUCUAAACGGGUGGACAAGGUAUAAUCAGGCAGUUGACAUGGUGAAAAAGACUCCAGCUUACAAAAACAAACUAAAGGCGUUGGAACUAGAACGCACUGGGGGGGUUAUAAAUAAGAAGAAGGGCAACAAGCAGAUAAAUAAGAAAAUGGAGGAAGAUCUUAGCAAGGAUCUUGAGCUGCAGAUUAAGGGAGCUGAAAAGCCAUCUGUUUGGGAACUCAUUGGAGUUCGUUUCAUUUUACUGCCUUACACUAUCAUAAAGCUAUUGUUGUGGUAUACAUUCUGGUUCUGGAGGUACAAUGUGAAAAAGGCACCUUAUUCUUUGGAGGAUGCUUCCUAUCUAACAAGACGAUCCCUUGGAAUAUCUCUUGAUUCAUGGAGAAGCAUAGAUGACCCAACAAAGGAAGAUCUGGUUCAAAGACGUCUAUGGAAAAGAGCCAACUUGGAGGCGUAUCUAGCAGAGGUGCGCAAAGAAUACAAGCGUAGGAGAUAGAGGAAGUUAGCCGAGAGGGCAAUGUCUGUGUGUUGUUGGUAGAAUCCAAUUUUGCAGGAAUUUAUCAUUUAUGUUUGGUCUGAUCGGUGUUAGCUCCAUGUAUAACAGAAGCAUAAUCACUCACACCUAUACACACAAAAGGCACAAAAGCAGGACCCCUUUCCUUUAUUCUAUCUUGAUAAGAUUAAUCAAGAACCACCUCAAUUACAUCUUGGGUUCAAUUGUGAGACUGUAAUACAGCAUAUAAACACGGUGACUAUUUUCGGGGGUUUUGUAUAUUCAUUACUUUAUUUUUUGAAUCAAAUGAAAUAUACUGACAAAAA